GCCACACUCCUUACUUCCUGGAUCAUAUAUAUAUAGUAACCCAAACUCUUUUGUCUCAUUAGCUUUUCUACCUAGCUACAUCGAUCAAGAUGGAAGCUAAGACUAAGCCAUGGUUGGCUCUAUCUCUAUUUCUAUUGGCUACAAAUUGCAUGCAACAAUGUGUCCAUGGAGAAUCGCAAGUGCCUUGCAUGUUCGUCCUUGGGGACUCUCUAUCUGACAAUGGAAAUAACAACAACCUUCAAACAAAUGCAAGUUCCAAUUACAGACCAUAUGGCAUCGACUACCCAACAGGCCCCACCGGAAGAUUUACCAAUGGAAAAAAUAUAAUUGACUUCAUUAGUGAAUAUUUGGGAUUUACGGAACCCAUUCCACCCAAUGCAAACACUAGUGGCUCGGACAUACUUAAAGGUGCCAACUAUGCAUCUGGAGCAGCUGGUAUUCUCUUUAAGAGCGGCAAGCACCUGGGUGACAAUAUUCAUUUGGGAGAACAGAUUAGAAAUCACAGAGCAACGAUUACCAAAAUCGUUAGACGACUUGGAGGAAGUGGCAGAGCUAGAGAAUACCUUAAGAAGUGCUUGUAUUACGUGAACAUAGGUAGCAAUGAUUACAUAAACAAUUACUUCCUUCCCCAGUUUUACCCAACAAGCCGCACCUAUACCCUUGAGCGAUAUACGGACAUUCUUAUAAAGCAGUAUUCUGAUGAUAUAAAGAAACUGCAUAGGAGUGGGGCAAGAAAAUUCGCGAUAGUUGGGCUGGGUCUUAUAGGAUGCACUCCAAAUGCCAUAUCUAGGCGUGGGACAAAUGGAGAAGUGUGUGUUGCUGAGCUCAAUAAUGCUGCGUUCCUAUUCAGUAACAAGCUUAAAUCCCAAGUGGACCAAUUCAAAAACACCUUCCCUGAUUCCAAAUUCAGCUUUGUAAACAGCACAGCUGGAGCCCUUGAUGAAUCCCUUGGUUUCACCGUUGCGAAUGUUCCUUGUUGCCCUACGAGGCCAGAUGGACAGUGUGUUGAGAAUGGAACACCAUGCCAGAAUAGAAAUGCACACGUGUUUUAUGAUGAAUACCAUGUCUCAUCAGCUGCCUGCAAUUUCAUUGCAAUGGGUUCAGUAAGCCAAUUCCAGAACCUUGUUGAGUCUUGAUGAUUAUUCAGUUCAAACUACAUAUAUAUGUAUGGUUGUGUCCUUAAAAAAAAUUCUUAUCAUGCAUAAUAUACAACUUGUAUUAAUCUGAAUGUGUGCCGAGUUCAAUCCGGCAAAACAUGUUAUUAAAUAGUCUCGUUGUGCCUUUUCUUUAUACCCACCUAUAAAAUAAAUAUACUACACGACCUUAAUGUUUAUCAUCAA